AUGGCUACAGAGCAUCAAGGGACGACGACGACAGCAGGAGCCCCGAGGCCGACGAGACCACUCGCCGUCGAGCCAGAUAGCAAUGGUCUCAACAUUCCACUAUCAACCAAAAAAGACGACAAAGAAAACAAAAGCGACACCACCACCGACAAAACAACGAGCUUGGAGAGUGGCCGCGGCGGCGGCGGAUCUACAACAACAACAACAUUCCUCCGCAAAGCACAAAACAGUUGCUCGCAAAUACUAUACUGGAACAACGCUGCGCCCACGUCGACACAGCUAAUCGGGUUCCUCACCCUCCUCGUAUCCGGCACCGUUUUGCUCUUCUUCACCGGCGUCACCAUCACGUUAGCCAUUCUGACUCUCGUCUUCUUCGCCCCGUUGGUCGUCAUCUCCAGCCCCGUAUGGAUCCCCGUCGGCGCGCUUCUCUUCGUUCUCGUCUCCGGCUUCUUGAUGGCGUGCGGCUGCUUCGUGGCGUUCGUUGCCGGGUUGUCGUGGAUGUACAGCUAUUUUAGAGGGAUGCACCCGCCCGGGUCGGACCGGGUGGAGUACGCGAGGAACCGGAUCGUCGACACGGCUGCCCAUGUCAAGGAUUGUGCUAGAGAGUAUAGUAGUGGGUACAUGCAAGACAAGACCAACAAGGAUGUUGCUCCUGGAGCCUAG